AAAAACACUCACGCGCAUGGAAUCCCCAAACAAAACAUCCUUUGACCUUCUUCUAGGAUCAUCAUAAUUUGGUGUAUAGUUAGUAGACAUAAUUUUACAUUAGACACUAGUUAACUUUCGUUUGACAGUGUUGGGCUGGGAAACUGAGCAUUACGCCUAAAUACCGUCCCAUUUGCAAUGUUUUACUGAAGCACACUUUUGCUUAAUUAACGAUAUUAACAAAUUUACCCCUUGAAAUUUUAAAUUGUGAACUUUUACCAUGACGUCAAGUAACCAAGAUAGCACCAUGAAUGCAUGGACGGUGUAUGAUCACAUGGACGAAUGCAGAGGCAAAAUAGCACUAAAAGAGCGUGAUCACCGUGCGUAUUAUGAGAGUUCUCAGGUCGACAAGCAGUGCAAUGAAGACGAAAUUGCAGCCCUUCGACGGAACAACAAGGAAAAGAGAGUGGUUCUUGCUCAACAAACUCGUCAUGGAGACGAGCGGGUUAUCCACGAAGCACUCAUGUCUCGCAGGGACGAAAAUCUGGCUCUUCGAAGAAAAACAGCAGAGGAUGCUAUCGCUGAGAUGGAUCAGAAGAUGUGUGAGAAGGAAAAGCAGCUGAACUCCUUGAGGGAAGAAAAAGAGAAGCGACAAUCUCGAAUCAAGGAGCUGGAAACGGCAUUAGCAAGACUGGAACUCUUGGCUAAGAACAGCGAUAACAACUACGCGCAGUAUGAUCUCAAAACAAUUCGUAUGGUAGAGAACAACCUGGACAAAGCAAGAAUCAAACAUGAAACAGCAAGGAAAUUACAACAGACCUACUUAGAGAUUGUCCGGUGUCUUGAAGAGGAAAGGCUAAGCCUACCUAAAAGGCUAAAAGCUCUCGAGGGUGCCCUUGAAGAACAACGACAAGAGUUGAGGGAAUUGACGGGAAUCAGUCAGGAUGCACGAAUCAAGCGAGAUCAGGCAAAGGCAGAGUUAAGUGUCUUGGAGCAGACAAUGAUCGAAGCAAAACGAUCACGUGAUCGCACACUAACCCGAAUGAAGAAACAAGCAGAUAAACAGAAGGAAAUGGCUGACAAGAUUGAGAAACGAGCCCGUGCUACACUCCAGGCAGAUGAUCCAUCACAAGAAAGUAAACGUCAGUCACAGAUGGAUGAGGAUAAUUGGGUGAAGGUCACGACGUAUGAAGAGGCUUUUAGGAGGAUCCAGGAAGCUACCGGGGUGUCCAACAUCGAGGAAAUAGAAGCGCGCUUUAUGAACCAGGGAGGCACGUACGAGCACCUCUUGGCUCAAAAACAAACCGUGGAGAAACAACGAAAAUGGCUGACUGAGCAGAAACGUCAACUGACCCAGCAAUAUGAAGCGAUGAAAUACAGCGGCGAGAGCAAGAUGUCUCAAGGCCAGCAGCUUCUUGAGAGAAUGCAGGAACAUCUAAAUAAGACGGAACAAAGACGAGACUUACUACGUAACAGCGUGCACAAGAACAACAUGGUACUGACUGACGUGAAGAAUGGAAUACAUCAUGUCUAUGAAACCCUCAAGGAUAUCAAACUCAAACCACCGAUGCGCAACAAUGCCAACCUGGGUGAUUAUCUUGACCAACUACAAAUAUGCGAAAACAAACUUCAGAAACUGAUGACACAAGCAAAUGUCCGAGAUAGUGCGUCAUUCAAGAAAGUCAUGAACAGUACCGAGUUUCAAGAAUUCAUGGAGAAUACACAGAAGGCUGAAAACCUACGAGUUCGUUUGGAUGAGCCCGAUUCAAACGACUCAGAUGACUUUGGAUAUGACAGUCAGGAUAAUGAAGACAUGAUGACCAAUGCUGACAUCAAACAUCAGGGACAGGUGCUGAUGGAUCAGAAGAAAACCAAGAAACGAGCCAGGGCACGCCGCAAGAAAUAAAUCAAUCUGACAAACAUGUCAGAUACAUGUACUUGUAUAAGUUUGAUCCAUGGUACAGGGGAAGGCAAUACAGGAAGCAGCACAGGUUCAUGGCAUGGAUUUUAAUAGUGGAAAGAAGUCCAGCAACUUGUGUUAUUAAUAUUUUGUGAGGAAAAUUUACCGCAUUAUUUCGAAAACGUGGUUGUAGUGUGCAACUAGAAAUUGAAGAAAAAAAGUGCUUGCAAAUCUAUAAAUAAAUAUAGAAAUCCACACGCACGACUGUUAGCAAUAAGAAGACCAGACGUCAUUUUCUUCAAUUAAAUUUAAAGGAAGCAUAAUUGUGGGGAGUCUUUAGUCAAGCCAGUAAAAAAAGGAGAGCCACAUAUUAUGGGAGUAUUAUGUUGCAUAAUACUAUGUUGCAUAAUAUUAUAAGCAUUCAGAUUACUUCUAUAUUUGGAAAUUGACUCGUGAAUAAAUCAUGACACGGA